GCGUAUAAGUUGGUCGAUGAGAUGAGGAGAUGUAAGAUUGGUCCAAAUACACGAACAUAUGAUAUCAUACUUCACCAUCUUAUAAGGGGUAGAAGAACGAAUGAAGCUUAUUCGGUGUUUCAGAAAAUGGUUGAUGAUCCUGGUUGUGAACCGACUAUUAGCACAUACGAGAUAAUGGUGAGGAUGUUCUGCAAUGAGGACCGGAUAGAUAUGGCGCUAAGGGUGUGGGAUCAGAUGAAAGCGAAGGGUGUUCUACCUGGAAUGGAUUCAUUUUCCACGUUGAUUAACAGCUUUUGUCGCGAGAAUAGAUUGGAAGAUGCUUGCGGAUACUUUCAAGAAAUGCUCGAUAUGGGGAUGAGACCUCCAGUUCCUAUGUUUGAUAAUCUAAAACGCACACUUCUUAAUGAGGGAAAAGAGGAAACUGUUAAAGCUUUGUGGCGGAAAGUUGAGAAGCUCAGGAAAAGUCCUUUAGUUGGAUAA